UUGAGUUCAACUGUGGUGUAAACAAGUUCUUAUGAAGUCCUGCUUGCGGUAUAAUAGUGGGUUUAAUCGAUCGGUCAUUUUCAUCCCAGCAACUUAUUUUAUACUAACUUAAAUUAAUUUUCAUGGCAAGAGGAAACAUGCGUGGACGCGGCGGAGUCGGUAGAGGCAUCGGUCGGCACCCAUUUAAACCAAAGAUUUUCCUGCCGAGGCACCCCUUCGACCUAACCUUAGCGGAGGUAACUUUCCCCAAGUUAAAACCCUCUCCAGAUGAGACUAUGUUUACGAACGCGUUGCUCAAACGCAAUGCUGACUUGUCUCCAACGGCCGCCGAACAAACAGCUAUUCUUAACUUGGUAACAAAGAUACAAACUGUCUUAGAUAAUUUGGUUGUUGCACCAGGGACAUUUGAUGCUUGUCAACUGGAAGAAGUGAGGCAAGUGGGUUCCUUCAAGAAAGGCACAAUGGUAUCUGGCCACAAUGUAGCAGAUAUUGUUGUAAUUCUGAAAACAUUGCCAACAAAAGAAGCUGUUGAAGCGCUCGGCAACAAAGUGCGCGACGAUUUGAAAAACCUCAUGAAAUCUGAGGUGAUCAACAAAGGCGAAUCUCUAAAUCAUGCGAUAAAUGAGCGUGGCAUUGAAAUAAGUAACUGUUUUGCAACGGUACGGGUAAUGGUUACUACCGUCCAUCACAACAUCCGCAAACUUGAUCCGGAAAUUCAUCUGGAUCCCAAAAUCAUGAUGAGCCACUUAGCGGCAAUCCGACACAGCCGCUGGUUUGAGGAAAAUGCGCAUCAUUCGUCAAUCAAAGUACUUAUUCGAUUAUUACGUGAUUUACGCUCGCGAUUUGAAGGUUUUGAGCCUUUAACACCGUGGAUGUUAGAUCUUUUAGCGCAUUUUGCGAUUAUGAAUAAUCCUAGUCGGCAGGCAGUGCCGAUUAAUCAAGCCUUUCGACGUGUUUUUCAAUUGUUAGCCGCAGGACUAUUCUUGCCUGGUUCGGCGGGCAUUACUGAUCCUUGCGAGGGUGGCAAUUUACGUAUUCACACAGCGAUGUCUUUGGAGCAGCAGGAUACUUGUUGUCUGACUGCGCAGACACUUUUGAGAGUACUUUCACACGGAGGCUAUAAGCACAUUCUUGGCCUGGAGGGCAACGCGACGAUUGCUAAGGAAAUGUCGAUUUGGGACGGCGUCGUUGUUUCACCCUUGGAGAAAGCCUAUGAAAAACCCUUAGAGAAGAAGGACGGCGAAGAGGGUGAAGAUGAGGACAUGGAGGGUGAAGGCGAAGAAGAUUUUUCGUGAGGUUAUGUUCGGAGCUGUCAAAUCAUUUUUUGCGUGAUUGUAUAUUAUUUUACUUUUCGUACAUUAAGUGGCUGUAAAAUGAAGAAUAAUUGAUUUACAUUCAGGUUGUGCUGAAUAUGUGCUCAAAUUCUGAGCAAGAUUAGCGUAGAGAAGGUGUUUUUGUUUGCUAUAAUAAACAAAAACAGUAGUUUAGUAAUGUGUCAAUCCAAACAAUGAAGUUAGCAAUAUGAUCUGCUUUGAUUUUGACACUGAAAUAAACACUGUGUUCACUUUCAA